UGAGGAUUCGCUCAGUUCUUGUAAAUGUUCUUUAGUCUUAACUAUUUGUUUGUGUGUUUGUUUAUUUUAGUUAAAGCCACGCCACGAAGCUCAUGCUAACUUCACGGAAAAGGUGGCGUUUGAACAGCGACUUAAGCAGUAUGAGGUAAUGAAGCUUCUCUUCCUCACAUGUCAAUAAGUCAUUUCUUAGACCAAUCAAAAUUGGCCCGAAUUUCACGAUUUACUGACCGGUCAACUAUGAAACUUUUCGGCCUUUUGCCUCUUUUCAGUGUGCAUGCUGGAUAACGAAAUGUUGUGUCAUGUAUAAUGAGUUAUCAUUUAGCUUUACGUGGUCUGAAUGUUUUAAAACUGGAAUCUUUUUCUCUUUUCUCUUAGGUUGAGUUUGGAAGAUGGAAGAACUCAUUGGAUAUUCAUACAAAGGUAGGUAAUUUUAGUAUAAACACACUCUGGUAGUUUUGUAUUGUUUCAUGUACGUUCAUUAUUUUGUAGCAAAAAAAUGAGAGGUUCGAAAGUUAAAGUUUGCAAGGGUUUUGUCUGGGUUGGGAGUGGGAAGGGGGAUGAUUGUCUUCCUUCAAGAGACUUUCUUGUAUAUACUUACUUUCUUUCAGUAUGUUGAGGUAGCAGGAGACUUUUUUAUUCUAAACUGCUGUAAUUUAAUCCAUGCUGAUUCACAGUUCAUAGCUUAUGAGUGCUGUUUAAGUGACGUCAUCCAGAAAUUUGCUACCAUGGCAACGUGACGUAACGACUUCUCUUCUCUAUAGCCUGAAAAAUUAACCAACCUCUGCUCUAAGUUUGGUGGUUGUUAACGACCCACUCCAGUUAAGCAUUGAUACUAUAGAAUCCGAAGGCAUUCUGGAGGGAGAGUGUCACCGCCUUAUAUAUGCACCAACUCUUACAAUGAAUGAUGAUGACGACGAUUAAUUUAUCGUCAGGUGGUAAAUGAAAUGUUUAUACUUCACCCGAGUCCCUCCAGGGCUGCCCGCUAUCGUUUAGAAACCUCCCCUUAAUUCAACUCUCAAAUAGAACACCUCUAUGAUAUAUACGUUUUAGGCCACAGUCGAGAAGAUUUAUAAUGUCCUUUUGUUCCCUGAUGGAGGAUGGAUGGUAGACCAAAGGCCGGUAAGCGUGUAGUCCUAGUCAUCCAAACACAAAGGGCCAGUUAUUUAAACGGGGCUAAGCCAGUGUUUAACAAAACCGCGGUCUAAGCCAUUUUCAGGUUGCCCAAUGCUUUUAUCUUAACGCCAUUUAUCGUGAAAAGGUUCAUGAAAGUGGAAGGCGUAGACUGGAAAAGCACUUAUUUUCUUAGAAUAACCCAAUAUGGAAGAUAUUCUCUGGAGGUCCAAAGAUUUACUAAACCGCGGCCUAAGUUAGACUUCGUUUAAAUAACCGACCCAAAAUCUCUUUUCGUUUGUUCGCUUAGCUUUGUUAAUAUAAAGAAGUGCUAGAAGGAAGUAGCACUGAUGUUGUGUACCAAGACCCAUAACGAUGCUGCAAUCUGAUCGUUGUAGGCUGCGCACAUGCUAGUCUGAGGUGGAUUGUGCGUGGCCGAGACAAAAGGCGACUUUUAAGAUGUACUACGUGAUUUCUUAGCUUUUUUCGUUAUUUACGUAGUCUGCUAAUUUUCAUGCAUGAUAAAUACUCUAAAAGUAGAUAGAAAGUAGUAUCAAAAGUAUCGACGGCCUAGUUCGUAUAAUUUAGUUGUUAGUUUUGUCAUUUUUGUAAUGGAUAUCAUUAGUAUGGACGCAUUUUUCAAAAAAAAAGAAACACCUUAAAAUGUCUUUCCGUGCGUUGAAAGAAGUCUUGUAUGACAAUUGCAUUAUGCUCUGUAUGGUCUGAACUGAUGAGGCUUGUACAUGCAGGGGAUUCAGUCAAGUUAACCAUGUAAGCUAACAGGGAGUCGUGUCCAAUUUCUCCCUAUAGUAUGACUGGCCAAUCAAAACAACGGUUAUGAGAACAAAGAAAAUGAUCAAUAAGUAAAAAAAGGUCUUAAUUGUUAAACAAAUUCUCCUCAAAAAUCGCAUAAGAUUAGUGUGGAGAAUAUGGAAGUUGAUAUUAGGACUUGAAGGAUUUAAGUGUUAAAGCUGGGGUGUGUUUGUAUUCCGACAGGAAGAGGACAAGGUGGAGGGGUCCAGCCGUAGUCAUCAGCUGGAGCUGUUAAGACAACUUUGUCUUCCGCUGAUAUGUAUUUUGCUUCAUAACGUGUUACACUCCACGGAACAAUACAAACAGGUUAGUUUGUCCUCACUUCUACCUGCCGCAUCGCCGUCGAACGUCCCUUCAGCGUUCACCAAAAAUGCCAAGGAUUUGUUAGUCUCUUGCAAGAGUAGAGCCACAGACCCUAGCCCUUCGUCUAAGCGAAUCAAGGGAUUGUGGGUUGUGUUUGGUAUAAUAUCGGGGAUUAGAGGUAUUGGUGGGAACAUGGUCACGUGAAAAACAAGUAUAAAUUAAUGAAAAGUGUUCAUUCAUUCCGUGGGGUUUAAGAGUACGACGAUAGGGAACGUUUAAAAGCAAAACAACAACUCUGCACGUGCAUCACACUAUUUGGUACGUAAUUUCGUAGCCGUCAUUGCACGACAACGACUUGAAAUAAACACAAGACGACGAUAUCAUUUCUCUUUUAGUUAUCUUGGAUAUUGUCCUGAGAAAUGCAACUAUACCCAAAAAAUUCGUCUUCAUCUCACCGUCUUGGUUGCUUAAGCUCCGUACAGUCUAAUUUGCACCGAUAGAAGCCUUUAGACCGUACGUCAAAUGUUCGCUUACGGGAGGUUUAAAACAAUGGGAAAAGUUGAAUGAUUUCCUGCAAAUGUGGCCGCGUUCGCAAACGGGAGUUUCCAAUCAUGGUGCUUUGACUGGCAAAUUCGUGGCAUUUUAUUGAGGUGGUCGUACAUGGAGGUUUCCUCUGUAAGGUUGUCUUUUGUGAAAACUUUUGUGGAAUGUAUAUUGUGACCAGAGUAACUCUUGUGUUACAUACUCUCAUUACUGUUGUUUAUAAUCAUUGUGAAACUGCAAUAGUUAGCGGUAGCGACGUCUACCAUUCCUUUUUUUCUUACGUAGUUUUGUAAUUUUUGUUGCAGUGUUUGCAAUUAGCGGAUGUUAUCUCCUCUGAACAGUAUCAGCUUUACAAGGUAUCGUUCUACCCUUCCAUGUUCCAUGUUUUGAGGUUAUAAGUUUUAAAAUGUCGACCUCGCUUUGUUUUUUUCUUGUUUUGUCCUAUGUUAACUUAGCAUGCAAGAAGACCUUUAUAGAGCCGAUCGUGAAGCUGUACGAUCGGUUAAUUUUAAAACACCUUUCCCGCAAGCAAACUUUACAGGUGAAGGGUUGGUUCCUUUAGAGACUGUUAUGUCGCGUUUAACGCCAAAUUUUGACGUUGCUAACUUAGUUCAUAAUAAAAGUUGGCAGACCGUAACUGAAGAGAUUCAGGCGAAGGAAAACGUCUCGACCGAGUCCUCCUUAAUUUAGAUAUUCCGUCGUUGCUCGCUUGUGUCCAGUUCGAGCAAUUUGCUCGUUAAAAACUGUUACCGAGUGAAUUUGGCGGAUACUUUGCGCCCCGGAUGCUGUUAUCGUUUUGUUUUGGUUCACUGGAUCUGCGUAAGGAUAAGCGCGUGCGCCAGGAUUCCUCGUGCGCUUGGACCGACGCUUUAGCAUUUUUUCUUUAGCGUAGGGGUUCUUCUCUUCUGCUGUUCCCCUUUUUUCUUCCCUCCCUCUUUCUCCUGUUUAUCAAUUCGACGUGUCUUCUCUCUUUCUCUCCCAUGUGAGAGCUCAUGGCUGUGUGUUGCCAGGAUUUGGCAGCCAUGGAAACUGGUCUUCAUUUAUGAGCUGAUUACCAAUAGUGGAAGCUCCCGGAUGUCUUGUGAUGUCGUUGUUAAGCUUUGAUUUUUGCCCAAACCUCAAAUAACUAUUCGCAAGUGGCAUGAUGUGAACUCUUAAUAGCUAUUUAAAUAAAGUUGGAGUUGACAUCGUUUGUAAAGCGCUAUACUCUGCCCUCCCACAGGUGUUCAGGAAAGACGAGCUACAGAAGAUGCUUUCACUAUUCCGCGACACCUCGCUAGCUUUGCUGGGAAGUAAUCUGGAUCCUCUGGGUUACGACAUGACCCAAAAGUCUUGAUAUCACAGCACAAGAUCGGUUUUGAACCGUGCGAACGUACAUAACUCGUUGCCAAGGUCAUAUCUAUCAGCUCAAACGUUGGCUUGACAAAGUCAUCACACUUAAGCCAUAAGCAGCAGGGUUUUUGAAGCCGAAUUUCACAAUAUCUUGGAUUGGUUAAUACCUAUCACUUCCUUGUUGAAAUUUUUUCAAGAGUGGUCUUUUAAAAGGUCACCUGAUGUCUGUAAAGGGCUACUGGAGAUCGUGAACAACUUACCGAAUGUUACAACUGUUCGGUAAAAUCAUAGUUAUUAGAGGAGACUGGUUAUGAAAAGCGGCAAACAUCAAUGAUAAAAACAACAGUGCUGCAGUUUAUGUUGGAAGCACCCUGAAAGUGCACAAUCCUUUGUUUUCUGUUGGCAAAUUGUUACGGAAUAAAUUAAUGCAACGUUUUUAUUGGUCAAUACAAUAAAAAUGAUAGGAAUUCUUUUGAACGUUGUGCACUUUCAGGUCCACAAAAACAUAUAACAAAGGAGUCUGACGGGUUUCAUAACCAUUCCACUCAAUUAACUACGGUAAAAUGUGCUAAACCUUUUUCAUUUAAGUCGAGAACUCGUGAAUAAAACGAGACUUAGCGCUUACAAUGUAAUAAGACGUUUGUAGUUUGUAUACUUUAGUAGAGGAAAUUAACGCGAAAUAGAGGGUAAAAUAUAAAAAUAAAGGAAAUCAACGCGACGUUUACAGAGAAAAAAAUGCUUGUCGACAAAAACAGGAACAAAGUUAAACGUAUUCGAAAUGAAAACUUUUUUCUUCGUACUUGCCCUAAACGUAGGAAGGAGGUCAAGUAAAGAAAUCUGGCCAUGACCAGGGUUCUGCAGUUUCACUGUUACUGGCGGAUCUCCACCGUGAUAAAAUACUCCUCUUUCUUAGCUAGAAAGAAGUGUAUCGAGAAUUUUGGGCCAAAAUAAUGGAAAUUAAGGUCGUGGAAAUUAACGCUACACCUAAUUAACUGCGCGGAAAUUAACAUCCACAAAAAAAAUCGCGUUAAUUUCACGGAGCUUUAAUUUACAAUAAUAAGGUACUUUAUUUUAAUUUCUGGCAAAUAAGAGUGUUCCUUUACUUUGAAAAGCGUGGCUGUAUUAGCAAACAAACAGUACAGUGGCAAGUCUUUGCAUCGUGAAAAUGAGAUUUUUAUUCUAUUAAGUUGUUUGUCCGAGGCCAGCCCCUUGUACCUUAAUGUAUUCGGCCCGUAAUUUAAUCCACACCUACAUGAGAAGUUUUCCAUAACAAGUUCGAGAAAAACCCGUCUUUUAUUUGUACAUAAAAAGCCUGUCCGGUUUGUUCCCCAUUUACACGAGCAAGAUGUUCGAGCGAGAUGUUCCCGUCAGAAUUGUCUAACCUUUCAAAGACCAGAAAUCAGCGAACGCGGUUAAAGACACCAACUCAGUGACUUCAGUCGAAAGAUUGAUGCUAAUGUUCAGGCUGUUUAUACAAGUCAGAAGAUCAAAGGGCAAUUCAAACCAAAGGAACGUAAACUUCCAAUUGUGGAUCAAAAAAACGUUUAUUAUUUCAAGUGUGGUCUGUGCGGUGCAGACUGGCUUCACGAAUCGACACUUACAUCAACAUGUGGAGGAACACAAGCGAUCAACAAUCGGCAACCACGUAAAGGAUGCGCAUGGAAAGGAUCCGGAGACCAUCCAGACACCAUUCAGACACCAUGA